AUGUUCGGGCAAGAGGAUUCCUCGGGGGAGGCACAAAGCAAAAGCGAAGACGAAUUGUCUGAGGAGGAUCUAAUCCCAAGCUUCCAGGACAUCUGGGACAGCUUGGACAAAUAUGAUGAGGAGUACACCCCCUCAAGUGAAAUCCAGAAAUAUCACAAUUCUUUGCAGAAGAGCCUGUACAACAUUCUAUUUUCGAUUAAAUAUUUUCACGAGUUAAAUAUUGAUGCCCUAUUUUUGAAGCUCGUGAACAGAUACGUGAAGUUUAAAUUGCAGGGAAAUCAAACAGACGAAAAGGACAUAUCCAGAUUAGCAAGGUUUCACUUAAAAAAUCAGAAAGAUGACGAUGAGGACGAAUUGGUCGUGGAUGAAGAAGUGGGGGUCUUCCCUACCAAAUGCCCCAUAUCGCAAAUGCCUUUUGAAAACCCUGUGACGCAACGGUUUAGCAAAAAUAGGAAGGCAUGUGUUCACACAUUUGAGAAAGCGUUCAUACUCCGAUUGAUGCAAAAUAAAGACACGAUCGAAUGCCCCAUAGCAGCUUGCAAAAAGAAGGUCUACAAAAAUAGCCUGCACCCCGAUUACGAAUUUCUGCAUCAUGCAAGGUACAAAAAAUUCCGAGACAACAUUGCGGAGGCCAAGGAAUACUUCGUCAAUCUGAGGAACGACGAGAGCAAAGGAUUCGACUUCGUUGAGUAA